AUGGAGAGGAAGAAAUCAUUGAGGAAAAGAGACGUCCUUUAUAGCAAAGUAGAGGAAAAUAAAUCAAUAACGUUAAGAAAACUUAAUAGAGAACUUACUCUUUAUAAUUUGAGGAAUUCAGAUCCUAGGAACCAGUUCAGCUUGAAAAGUCAUGCAAGUAGCAUCGGGAAUAAGAGAGUUCAACCAGAAAACUUACAGAAGAAGAUGACAUUCGAAGAAGUAGAGGAGAUAAGGAAAAUGAAAACAAAGGUCACAAACUAUGAUAAACCAAAACCUAGCAAUAUCCUAACUUCUCCUUGGCAUUUCUUAGGAAACAAGCUGAUUCCUCCAAGUAUCCUAGACAUGACUGAUAAGGCAAGGAGCUUUGGGAUCCUUCAAGAUAAUCUAUUCGGAAAGGUGACCUCAAUAAUGAGAUCGAGAGGCUUUACUAAACUAAGCAACAAAAUUUCCGAAGCAACUUCUUUGUGAUCUUCCUACGAUAGCAAGGACUCAGAGAAGGAGAGACCACUUAAAUUAGUUCGUUCCAAAUCAGCCUUUGCAACACUAAAAUAAUUACAUGCAAUGUGACAAAGAAGGGAAAAUACUCUCAUCAAUCCCUGCUGAGGAUGAAGUUGAUGGAGAUAUUGAAAACCCUUUAUCAGAAGUCAUGCUAGUCCUGCUAAUGCAUUACAUCGACAAAAUCAAAUAAACCUACGUUAAAAUAAGUUCAUCAGGAGGAAAUCAUGCUGUUGAUCCUUCUGUGGGAAGCCCAAAUCUCACAAGGGGGAUUUUGUGAUCCUGAAGCAAGAUCUCCCCUCAAAUUUACGACAGAAACCAAGAUUGGAUGGGAAGAAAAAGCGUCAAGGCUUCUCUCAGAGAGGUUCUGGAAGCAUGAGCUUCCUAAAACUUGUAGAGACUACUCAUAAGAACUAUAAGGAUGAUGCCAACUAUGGAAAUACUUUGAGGAGAAACCAGGGUUUAGGAAGUGCCUUCAAUGAACAAGCCUUCAGAAGAGAAAGUAGAAUCCAAAGGUUGAUCAAUGCUGACGCAAAUAAACUCAAGGAGCUUGUCGCAGCAGGGGAUUAUAGCGACCCAGGAGAUUCUUCAGACGGUCAAUUUCCUGAUUCUCGGGCAAAUAGGAACAAAAUACCAAGUCUUAAACACUUUAAGAAUCGAGAAAUGAUUUUGAAAUAAAAUAAUUGAGAAAAAGAAGGCUCAAAGAGAGAGAACAGUUCAGGAAAUUUGUGCCAUGAAGCUCACUCCCAGAGUCUAUAAUAUCUCAGAGCCAAAGAACUCUUUAAAAUAAGAGUGUCAGAGAGAACAACAAAUUUAUCUUUGCUUCUAGCACCUCUCGCCCUUCCAACAGAAAGAUUUAGAGACAUUGAUCCAUUAGAUACCAUCACUCCAUCAUCCCUCAAAAAGAGAAAGAAGAAAAGGUCUUCAAAGCCAAACUUAAUUGAUUUCAAGUUAUUCAACUUACCAACCCCAAACAGAAAGCUCUAUUCUGAAAGAAAAUAAUCCAAAAACAGCUAGGUUGAUGAAAACUACUAAAUUUAAUCCUGCUUAUCUUCCAAAUAAGCAGAUUCACCAAAAAUUCCCACAAACAAAGGGCUUAAAGGGAGUCCAGAAAGUGUACCGGAAGAAACUUCAUGAAAGGAUUGAGUAUCUCCAGAAUUUUCCUAUAAAAUCGACCAAUUUGAAUUAAAUGUAAUAUUUUCCAUAAAUCUCUAGACUGGUUUAGAGUCUAUAGCUGUACAGAUUGCUCGUGCUGUUCGAUGAUUUGGCUGUGAUAAUUACAUGCAAAAAGUGCCAUUCAAAGCACCAGUAAUUAAUAACCACUCAAUU